GUCAGAUUCAUCUGCAAUGAAUUGUUCUGGUAGUGAAACAGUGGUGAUGCUCUCGGAUCAACAUCAGAUAACAUUAGUCGAACCCAUGCAUAGCAAGGAUGCGUCUGAGCAUUAUAUUAUGCACAUCAAUGGAAACUCUUGUUACGGCACCAGUGGAUCGAAUUCAUCCUUGGUUCUUGUUUCAGCAAAUAGUAUUCAUUUCAAUAAUCAAACAUCCGAAUCUGCAAUGAAAUCCAUCGCACCGUCAACAUCUGUAAUGCACUCAACUCUCCCGUUUGGGUUUAUACAGUGUGUUCUCGCAGAAUUAUCUGAAAUAGGUUUUAGUCGCAUCACUGAUAUGGAUGGGUUGUUCCAGCACAUUUCUAUUCAGAUUAGUGACCGUGCAGGAAGACCACAUAUACUGAUGAUACACAUCACACCAGCUUAUCCACUGGAACCACCAACAUGCCACGCAGACCUGCCAAUGGAACUUGAUCCAAGCAAGGUCAAAAGCAUAAAAGAUGCAGUUGAACUGCAUGAACAAGCCAUCAACCAAUACAAUUCACUUUGGUCCGAAUUGGAGGAUUUAGACCAGCAAGCAUGGAUUAUUGAAAAAACCACCACCACUCGUCGUAUAGCUGUUGGUAUGCAUUGUACAAUGACAAUAGAGUUGAAUGCACUCAGUCCACGAUCUGCUCCAUUGGCAAUGAGUUUUCUUGGACCAGAUCAGGCUGUUGUGGAAUUGGAUCGCAAGGUUGCAUCAAUCAAAACAGAGUGGGAUUGUCAUGCAUCUGUAGUAGUAAACCUUGAACGACUAUUAGGAAUGGUGUUGCCACGACAAAACACGCCUCAUGUGUUGAAUCCGAGUGGAGGUGUUGAUCAAACGACAACGUUUGAAUGUGGUAUUUGUCUUUCAUUCCAUCUUGAAAACGAUACGGACCAACGCAGUAUUCCAUCGUUUCAUUGUCCUAAUACAAACUGUGGUCAGGCAUUUCAUCGCGAAUGCAUUACAGAGUGGUUGAGAUCGGUGCCAGAUACACGACAGGGACUAUAUCUCUUGAUUGGACCUUGUCCGUUUUGUGAUACUCCUCUUCCAAUCGAGUCGCUGGCGAUUCAAAGAUAG